AUGCCUUCUGAUCUUUCAUCAUACCUAGCAACGCGCUACUUGGUAGCAGAUCCGAAACCCACCAAGAAGCGCAAGCGCAAGCAAACCACCGAGAACCAAGGCCUCAUCAUCGCAGACGACGACGACAGCGGUUGGGGCAACUCGACAAAACAAGACGAUGAAGCAGAUGCAGGAGCCGCGCUCGUAUCAGGUACAUCAGCAGAAUUCCGACGCACAAAGAAAUCAAACUGGAAGACUGUCGCCGCCAGCGGCAACAGCACCGCAAAGCCAAAAGACGACGACGGUGCCGCCGCGGCGGACGCGAUCCUCGCCUCGGCGGCAGCAGAAAACGCCAGAGCCGCACAAGCAGACGAUGAGAUGCCCGUCAUUGAGGGAGGCGAAGAGGCAGGGGUGGUCAAGAUGAGCGACGGCACGCACGCAGGCCUGCAGAGCGCCGCCGCCGUGUCGGCGCAGCUGCGCCGCAGACAGCAGGCGGAGGAGGCCGAGUUCGCCAAGCUACGGAAACACGGCAAAGAGGAAGAGACUGUAUAUCGUGACGCGACAGGCCGGCGGGUUGACGUGUCGAUGAAGCGCGCCGAGGCCCGCAGACUGGCGGCUGAAGCAGAAGAAAAGGAGCGGCAGGCCAAGCUGGCGCCAAAGGGUGACGUGCAGCUCGAGCAAGCGCGGAAGCGCAGGGAGGCGCUCGAGGACGCCAAGCUCAUGAAGUUUGCGCGGACAGCGGACGACGAAGAGAUGAACAGGGAGCUCAAGGAUCAGGAGCGUUGGAAUGAUCCCAUGGCGCAAUUCAUGAGUGAGAAGACGGGCGCCAGUGGCGAGAAGGGUAAAAAGGGCAAGAAGAGGCCGAUAUACGCUGGCGCUGCGCCGCCGAAUCGUUAUGGUAUCAAGCCGGGAUACAGAUGGGACGGCGUGGAUAGGAGCAACGGCUUUGAAGGGGAACGAUUUAAGGCGAUUAAUCGUAGAGAAAGGAACAAGGGGCUGGAUUAUGCUUGGCAGAUGGAUGAAUAG